AUGCAUUUGCUAAAUACUACGACCUACAAGACUCGAGACUUCUUACCAAAUCAAUUGCCUGCAUAUAUCAUACUCUCGCAUCGAUGGGGAGAAGAAGAAGUUCUUUUCAAAGAUCUUUCAGGGCCAAGGAAUGCCGUGGAGAUAUCUGACGGGUGGAUAAAAUUGAAGUCUUUCUGCUCCAUCGCGAAAUCGGACGGCUGGGAAUGGGUGUGGAUGGAUACAUGCUGCAUCGAUAAAAGGAGUAGCGCUGAGCUCUCUGAAGCAAUAAACUCAAUGUAUCAAUGGUAUUCAGAGGCUGCAUACUGCGUCGCAUACCUCGCGGAUAUCACAGUCUUCCACGAUGAACCGCUUGCACAUAGAAAGCCGUUUCGUAAGAGCGAAUGGUUUGAACGAGGAUGGACGUUACAAGAGCUCUUGGCUUCUCAUAGGGUGACAUCGAGGCCAGAAGAUAUCGCAUAUUGCUUACUAGGUCUGUUCAGUGUCAACAUGCCAUUGCUUUACGGCGAGGGCCAACUGAAAGCAUUUCAAAGACUCCAGUAUGAAAUAUAUCGAUCGACACGAGAUGAAUCUUUAUUCGCUUGGACUGCGCUCAAGAAUCCAUGGGAAGAGGUAUCUGAUUGUCACCCUGCGCCCAAUCUUCUAGCUUCCAGUCCGAGGAAUUUUCUAAAAUCAGCCAGAAUCAUUCGUGGAUUCAAGAAUGCUUUCCCACAUAUUCUCUUUGAUGGAAUGACCUGGACGAUUAAUCGAAAAUUUAAUUCUGACAAGGACCCAUUUAUACCACUUGCAUGUUCUAGCUACAACUCUUCCUACCCAGUAAAAUUGUCCAUGCGUUGGCUUCGUAACAAACCCUUGACACGCAUUGGUUCCACUGAAAUCGAGUUUUUGAGCAAAAGUGAAUGGAAAAAUUUUCGAUCCUUCAAAGGUCAAACCGAAUCGUAUCACAUCAUGCAGCAAGCGCCCAGGACGAAUGAGAUAUCAUGCCCAUGGGGAGGGCGGUUUGGUCACACAUUUACACUCCAGGUAUCUGACAGUGGCCGACGACAUUUUUCUGACCCUUUUAUCCUUUGCUCUGGUGUCCAGCUUUGCCAUGGCUCAAAAGAACUUGAGUACAUCGUUUCAAAAGGUACGGCUAAAUUCGACGACACUGCAGGCAUCGGAAUGAAGAGUACAAAUGGCGUAGUUGUAACGAUGAGGUUUGACUCGGUUGUGUUCACGUUUCGACAUCUCCUUGUGAAAAUCGGUGCUGAGGAAGAGACUGAUGAAGCAGUUGAGUACUUUGCGCUGGAUGGAAGGGACGAAGAUAGCGACCUCAAUCUCGGUGACCGCCUCAGUGCACCAAUAGACGAGAAUCAUUGCGUCUCACUUACAACAAGCCAUGGGCGAAGUGAUGAUGGGGACGAAGUCCGCAUUCAUCUAGAUGUUGUCGCCAAGGACCGGAUUGACUUGGCUGGCAUUCUAGGAGAUUCUCCCCCUACAACUUCGCUAGAGACGUCAGAUGAAAGCGAUGCAGCGGAGGAACAUAUCUACAGUCCCGAAUAG